GAACCAAGUUAAACAAUUUAGUUAACUUAAAACGCUUACGCAAUAUGUUUAUCUGUUAGUUCUCAAAACGCAAACCACAGUAACGCGUCAAUAUCAAUAGCAGGAAUGGCCGAUAUGGCCGCAGCCGCUAUGGCCGCAGCCGCUAUGCCAGCAGUCUAAUAUUUGGCGCAUCUACAAAAUCGCGGGAAAAAAGCAAAUCUGAAAUGUGAAAUAUUGCAGUGUCUUAUGUAUAUAAAUCAUGUUGGACGCACGAAUUCUAUACGAAAGACAUAUUUUAAUUUAUUUUGGCGCAAUGUUAUUGCGUACAUAUGCAGCCCUGGCUUAACAGCUGUUAAUAAUAGAAUCCAUAAAUGUCCACAACUGUAAAGGCUAGCAUAUAACAUUCACAGCUGUUAAGACAUCGAAUGAAUCGAUUAAAUGAAGGAACACAAAAAAAAAACUGACUUCUUAAUAAUAUUUGCAACAAGUAAUAAGAGCAGUGGUAAAUAACAUCCCGUAAGUAGGCAAACGCUUUGGGAGUGUCUCGAUUCGCCAGCCUCGAUAAUAAACCAGCGUCAGCGGACAACAGAGGCACUCUUUGUUAAAACGUUUGUCGCGGACCACCUGCAAAUAUGCACUGUGUCAUCAAAUACUACACAAGCGCAACGACAAUAUAAACAAAAUCAACAACCAACAUCAAGAAUUCAGCGCCACACAGAAGCUACAUUUAUUUCACACACACACAUUCGGACAUGCCGUUCAACUGAUUGCCCCAAUUGCCAAUAAGAUGCGCGGAAUAGAGGGCAAAGUUGUUGUGCUAGGCUCGCGAGGCGUCGGAAAAUCUCGUUUAGUCAUCAAGUACAUUAAGAACGCGCUGCAUCGCACCGAGGAGCCGACAAUAGCCGUCUCUUUCUUUACCUGCAACAUCAUUCUGGAUGAUGUUAAAAUCAAAUUACAAAUCUGGGAUACCGCCGGCCAGGAACGUUUCAGGGCCGUUGCACCCAUGUAUUAUCGCAAUGCGAAUGCUGCCAUAUUGGUUUUCGAUCUUACACAAUAUAAAACAUUCACCGAAAUCAAGUCAUGGAUACAGGAGCUGCAUCGCAAUGUCCAGGAUCCGAUGAUACUGACGCUGGUCGGCAAUAAAAUGGAUAUGCAGUCGCAGCGUGCCGUUUCUCGCGAUGAGGCCCAUUUGUUUGCCAUCUCUAUUGGCGCCACCUAUUUUGAGACCUCCACCGAAACGGACCAGGGACUGGAGCAGGUAUUCCUCUCGACGGCACUGGGCCUGGUGCGGCUAGCCGAUGAGGGCAAGAGCCAUUCGUUGCGCUCCUUUGAGUCAUCGGACUCCCUGUUCUACACCAACAGCAACACUGCCUUCAGCUAUACAGCCACUGCUUUGGCGGCACGCAAUCUGGAUAGCUCUGCAUUUCGGCUGCCCUAUGUGCAUAUAGGCAUACCAGUCGACGGGCAGGAUGUUAAGCCGACGGGCGAGGGACGCCUGGAGACGCCCUCGUGGGCCAUCGAGCACAUUGCGCUGGGCCAGGUGGAAAGAUCGCGCUGGUGCUGCUACUGAAGCCCGCUCAGCCAGCAAGGGAACAAAAACUGAAACCAUUGUGAUGUUAAUUAAACAGGUUUUACUUUAGUUUACUCGAAUUCGCAACGGCUAAGCAAUCAAAUCCAAAUGAAAGACCACCCACUGAUAGAAUAUCCGAGCACAGCGGCCUGCCAUGACAAGGACAAAUGCCUUGACACAGAAACCCUGACAACGGGCCGCAUUCAAUUGACACACCAAUCCAAAUGUGGCUGCUAGUUGUAAGCUAGUCUUAAGUUUAGUUACUAAGUGUAACCAGCAAAUGCCUAAUGUAUAUUAUUUAUAUCAACAACAUCAACAAGCAGCGACAUCGCUUAAAGCUCACUUGACUUAAACGAUUAAGUUACUCAUCCACUCACACACACACACACACACACACACACACUCGGCUGGGUGUAAUCACAAAUUCAUGU